AUGACACGUGGCGAAUUUGUAACAAACUAAAGUUUACCGACUGCUAACGGGGAAGUACAGGGGUUAGACACAGUCCUGUCAAGCUCCCGUGAUGGAGAUCCGCCUCGGACAGGUGCCGCUGCCCGUGACGCACAGGCACGGCGGGGUGAACCAGCUCGGUGGCGUCUUCAUCAACGGCCGCCCGUUACCGCACGUGGUCAGACAGCACAUCGUGGAGCUCGCGCACCGGGGCGUGCGUCCCUGUGAGAUCUCCCGCCGCCUGCGCGUCAGUCACGGCUGCGUCAGCAAAAUCCUGGCCAGGUACAACGAGACGGGCAGCAUCCGACCAGGAGUGAUCGGGGGCUCCAAACCCAAAGUGGCCACUCCCAGGGUGGUGCAAAUGAUCCUGCACCUGAAGCAGACCAACCCCACCAUGUUCGCCUGGGAGAUCAGAGAGAGGCUGCUCCUGGAGAGAGUGUGUGACCGGGACAGCGUGCCCAGCAUCAGCUCCAUCAACAGGAUCAUCAGAAACAAAGUCCAGUCUGAGUCUAGUGAAGUUGUGUCAUCCACGUCAUCCGUCUCCAUGGGAACCACCUAUCCCACCGAGUCCACCUAUUCCAUCAGUGAAAUUCUGGGAAUCAGAAAAAGCAGUAGCCAGCAUGAGGAAGGUGGGGACGUCUCCUGUAGCGUGUACCACGAGCACCAGUGUUCCUGUGUCAAGGCCUGGGGACAGACUGAACCCUGCCCAACCUCCAUCUCCUGCCUGACCUUUCACCCCAGCCUAUCAACCAGACACAACCCAAACCUUCCAGGGUCUCCAUGUCAUUACAGCUGAGUGGAGACACAAACUGCUCAUAUCAGCUCUACAAAGAAGAGAUCAUCCCAGCGUUGUCAAAAACAAGACUUCACAAAUGGAGG